UCGAGAGAAGAGUGUGAAUUCUUAGCCACGAGUGUCCGACAAUUCGAAGAGAGAGUGAGAUUUUGAUCCGAAGUUACAGGGACACUCCCAAAACAAUAUUGAUUCCAUACAAUGAGAUUAACCGAACCAAGGACCGGGAAAACAAAUAAGAGUAAUCAAUCUGCUAUUUCAUGCACUCAUCAUAUCCUUGCCAUUUUAUUUUUUUUUCAGAAAUCUUGAAUUAUAUCACACUUUCGAAAUUUUCUCCUUCAUAUAUACGUCUAGAUCCUUACAAAUUUGCAUAUCUGUGCCUUUGAAUGUGUUGCCCACAACAUAUGUGUUUUGGAGGGAAGAUGGGUAGCCUCAUCCACGGUCAAGAUUGCCUUUGAGAAACUGAGGAGUGAAUUGGAGCUUAAAAAUGGGCACAGCCAUUAACAUAAUUGUUGGCUCUCACGUCUGGGUUGAGGAUCCCGCAUUAGCUUGGAUUGAUGGAGAGGUAACCAAAAUUCAAGGCCAAGAAGUUGAGAUCGAGACAAGCAAUGGAAAUAAGGUUGUUACCGAGUUAUCGAAACUUUAUCCUAAAGACAUGGAAGCACCUGCUGGAGGUGUUGAUGACAUGACAAAGCUAUCUUAUUUGCAUGAGCCUGGAGUUCUGGAGAAUCUGAAAAUAAGAUAUGAACUCAAUGAAAUCUAUACUUACACUGGAAAUAUUUUAAUAGCUAUAAAUCCAUUCCAAAGACUGCCUCAUAUAUACAAUCAGCAUAUGAUGCAACAGUACAAAGGAGCUGCUUUUGGAGAACUAAGCCCGCAUGUCUUUGCUGUUGCGGAUGUUGCAUACAGGGCAAUGAUCAAUGAAGGAAAGAGUAAUUCCAUCCUGGUUAGUGGUGAAAGUGGGGCAGGUAAAACUGAGACCACAAAAAUGCUUAUGAGGUACCUUGCCUUUUUGGGGGGCCGAGCAGCUACAGAAGGGCGCACUGUUGAACAACAAGUUCUUGAAUCCAAUCCCGUUCUUGAAGCAUUUGGCAACGCUAAAACUGUUAGAAAUAACAAUUCCAGUCGCUUUGGUAAAUUUGUUGAGAUUCAGUUUGACAAGCAAGGGAGGAUAUCUGGAGCUGCUAUCAGGACUUACCUUCUAGAAAGAUCUCGUGUUUGUCAAUUAUCUGAUCCUGAGCGCAACUACCACUGUUUUUACCUCCUUUGUGCAGCACCACAGGAGGAAAUUGAUAAGUAUAAGUUAGAUCACCCCAAAUCAUUUCACUAUCUUAAUCAGUCCAAAUGCUAUGAACUAGUUGGUGUAAGUGAUGCCCACGACUACCUUGCCACCAGAAGAGCAAUGGAUAUUGUUGGAAUCAGUUUAAAGGAUCAGGAAGCAAUUUUCAGAGUUGUUGCUGCCAUUCUUCAUCUCGGCAAUGUCAAUUUUGCAAAGGGAAAGGAAAUUGAUUCAUCAGUUCCCAAAGAUGAAAAAUCCAAGUUCCAUCUAAAAACAACAGCAGAACUACUCAUGUGUGAUUCUGCAGCUUUGGAAGAUGCAUUAUGUAAACGUGUAAUGAUUACUCCCGAAGAAGUUAUUAAGCGAAGUCUUGAUCCCCUUAGUGCCACAGUUAGCAGGGAUGGAUUAGCGAAGACUAUAUAUUCUAGACUAUUUAAUUGGUUGGUAGACAAGAUCAAUAACUCAAUUGGGCAAGACAGUAAAUCUAAAUCUAUUAUUGGGGUACUUGACAUUUAUGGGUUUGAAAGCUUCAAGCACAACAGUUUUGAGCAGUUUUGUAUUAAUUUCACAAAUGAGAAACUGCAACAGCAUUUUAACCAGCAUGUUUUCAAAAUGGAACAAGAAGAAUACACAAAGGAAGCAAUUGAUUGGAGCUACAUUGAGUUUGUUGAUAACCAAGAUGUAUUAGAUCUUAUUGAGAAGAAACCAGGUGGAAUUAUUGCCCUCCUUGAUGAAGCAUGUAUGUUCCCAAAAUCAACACAUGAGACAUUCUCGAACAAGCUUUAUCAAACAUUCAAGAAUCACAAGCGCUUUGUGAAGCCGAAAUUGUCCCGCACAGAUUUUGCUAUCGCACAUUAUGCCGGAGAGGUUCAAUACCAAUCUGACCAGUUCUUGGACAAAAACAAAGACUAUGUCGUUGCCGAACACCAAGAUUUGUUAACUGCUUCCAAAUGUUCUUUUGUAGCGGGCCUUUUCCCUCAAUUACCUGAAGAGACUACAAAAUCUUCUAAGUUCUCUUCUAUUGGUUCACGCUUUAAGUUACAACUACAACAAUUGAUGGAAACUUUGAGUGCUACAGAACCUCACUACAUAAGAUGUGUGAAGCCUAAUAAUCUUCUUAUACCUGCCGUAUUCGAAAAUGCUAAUAUUUUGCAACAGUUACGUUGUGGGGGUGUUUUGGAGGCAAUCAGGAUAAGUUGUGCGGGAUAUCCUACUCGCCGUCCUUUCUUUGAGUUUACAAAUAGAUUUGGGCUUCUUGCACCAGAGGUGUUAGUAGGAAACUAUGAUGAAAAGGUUGCGUGCAAGAAGAUUUUGGAAAAGAAGGGGCUCAAAGGUUUCCAGGUAGGCAAAACGAAGGUAUUCUUGAGAGCUGGUCAGAUGGCUGAGUUAGAUUCACGUAGAACAGAAGUUCUUAGUAAUGCAGCAAAAUCUAUACAACGACGCAUACGAACUCAUAUUGCUCGCAAACAGUUUGUUGCACUGAGAGAGGCUACCAUUUAUGUGCAAUCAUUUUGCAGAGGUAGACUAGCCGGCAAAGUAUAUGAGAGAUUGAAAAGGGAAACAGCUGCUGUAAAAAUCCAGAGUAACACACGUAAACACCAAGCUGAAAAAGCAUAUAAAGCACUGCAGGUUGCAGUGCUUGUUGUACAAACAGGUCUACGUAACAUGGAAGCUCGUGAAAGAUUUGGAUUCAGAAGACAAACUAAAGCUGCAACCAUUAUACAGGUGCGGUGGCGCUGCCAUAAAGCUGCAUCCUACUUUAGGAAGCUUAAGCAGGGAACAAUUAAAGCACAAUGCAGAUGGAGGGGAAGAAUUGCAAAGAAAGAGUUAUGGAAACUUAAACAAGCUGCAAGGGAUACUGGUGCACUCAAGGAGGCAAAAGAUAAGCUUGCAAAGCAGCUUGAGGAACUCACAUGGCGAUUGCAACUUGAAAAACGUUUAAGGACUGACUUGGAAGAAACAAAAGCUCAGGAGAUAGCAAAGUUGCAGAACUCUUUGGAAGAUAUGCAGAAGAAAGUUGAAGAAACAAAUGCCGUUCUUGUCAAUGAACGAGAGGCUGCGAGAAAAGCAAUUGAAGAAGCCCCUCCAGUUAUCAAAGAAACUCCAGUUUAUAUUGAAGAUACCAAAAAAAUUGAUUCUCUAACCAAAGAAGUUGAAAGUUUAAAGGCUUCUCUGGAAAGUGAAAAGGAGGCUUCUAAUGAUUUGAGAAAGAAAUACUCUGAAGCACAGGAAUGUAGUGAAGAGAGAAGUAUAAAGUUAGAAGAAACAGAAAAAAGUGUUCAUCAACUACAGGAAUCUAUCCACAGGCUAGAAGAGAAGCUGAAUAGUUUAGAGUCAGAGAAUAAAGUUCUUCGUCAACAAUCUGUGUCGAUGGUACCAAAUAAAUUCCUUUCUGGACGCUCUAGAUCAAUCAUCCAGAGGAGUGAGAGUGGUCAUGUUUUUGGGGAUACUAAGAUGCACGUGGAUUUGCAUAGCCAUUCAUUUUCUGAAGUGGAUGACAAGCCACAGAAAUCACUUAAUGAGAAACAACAGGAGAAUCAGGAGUUGCUCAUUCGUUGUAUUGGACAGCACUUGGGCUUUGCAGGAAACAGGCCAAUAGCAGCCUGUAUCAUUUUCAAGUGCCUUUUGCAAUGGAGGUCUUUUGAAGUCGAGAGAACUAGCAUCUUUGACCGGAUAAUCCAGACUAUAGGUCAUGCUAUUGAGAAGAACCAGGAUAACAAUGACGUAUUGGCUUAUUGGUUGUCAAAUGCUUCAACCCUAUUACUGCCACUCCAACGUACAAUGAAAGCAAGUGGUCCCACUGAAAUGGCUCCUCUACGUCGCCGAUCAUCGUCAGCUGCUCUAUUUGGCAGGAUGUCACAGAGCUUCCGAGGAAGCCCUAAUGGAGUAAAUAUCUCCUUUGUGAAUGGUUUGCCUGGUGGAGUGGAGACCUUACGCCAAGUAGAAGCCAAAUACCCUGCUUUGCUUUUCAAGCAGCAACUCACUGCAUACGUGGAGAAAAUUUAUGGAAUGAUUCGGGAUAAUUUGAAGAAGGAGAUUUCACCGUUGCUUGGAUUAUGUAUUCAGGCACCUAGAACUUCCAGAGCGAGUUUAGUUAAGGGAUCAUCGCGAUCUAUUGCGAACACAGCAGCCCAGCAAGCUUUGAUUGCUCACUGGCAGGGAAUUGUGAAGAGUCUUGGGAAUUUCUUGAACACUUUAAAAGCCAAUCAUGUACCUCCAUUUUUAGUCCGUAAGGUGUUCACACAGAUAUUUUCUUUCAUCAAUGUUCAACUGUUUAACAGCCUUCUUUUAAGACGAGAAUGCUGUUCAUUUAGUAAUGGUGAAUAUGUUAAGGCCGGACUGGCUGAACUGGAGAAUUGGUGUUACAAUGCAACUGAUGUGUAUGCAGGUUUAGCUUGGGACGAGCUGAAGCAUAUUAGACAGGCCAUUGGAUUUUUGGUUGUCCACCUAAAGCCAAAGAAAACACUGGAUGAAAUAAGUCAUGACCUUUGCCCAGUGCUGAGCAUUCAGCAAUUGUAUCGGAUUAGUACAAUGUAUUGGGAUGACAAAUACGGCACGCAUAGUGUGUCUUCAGAUGUUAUAUCCAAAAUGAGGGUGUUAAUGACUGAAGAUUCAAAUAAUGCAGUCAGCAAUUCUUUUCUGUUGGAUGAUGAUUCCAGCAUACCGUUUUCAGUUGAUGACAUUUCCAAGUCCAUGGAACCAAUUGACAUCUCUGAUAUUGAACCUCCAGCACUGAUCCGUAAGAACUCGGGAUUUAGCUUUCUGCUGCCUCAAUCUAACUAAACCUAACACAGUUCCAUUUUGGCCACCCUCACUUCUGAAAAAACAUAGGUUAUUAGGUUUACAUUCUGAUCUUAUCCUUUUGUAAUUGUAGUCAGUUGUUCAAAUUUUCUCCCUUUUUUGAUCCAUAUUUUUGUUUUCAUAAGCUAAAAUCGUACUUUCUUCAUUAAGUAGAUGCUAUGGCACCUCAAACUCCAGCCAAACAUACCUGAGAAGAAAAAGAACUGAACUGAUAUUUUAAUGUUAUCGAUAUAUGGCAAUGGUGUGUAAUGUUAGCUGUU